AAAGAAGGCCCGCCGGCCCAGAGCCAUCCGGGUUCAUGUGCGACGAUGGGGGGCCCAGCCGCGUGGCGGGGCAACUUCUUAGGCCGCGCGUCGGUCCAGGACCCCUAUGUGGUGCUGGGCCUCAAGCGGAAUGCCAGUGAGGAACAGGUCAAAAGGGCCUACCACGCCCUGUCGCGGCGCUACCACCCGGACAAGGACCACAGCGUCCCCGCGCACCUGAGCACGGCACGCUUCCAGCGGAUCAAGGCAGCUUAUGAACUGCUCGCCGCCGGUCAGCGACGGGCCUUGGAAAGGAGAUAUAGCGAGUUUGACGAAUUGAAAGGAAGUUUCAUACUUAAUGACUUAAUAUUUUUUGAUUUCUUUGCUACAGUCUUUGCUAUAUAUCCACAAUCAUGUAGAGUCGUGAUAUUCCAAUGUAUUGUAUGGUCUAUACAUUUCUUAAUAUUUCUCAAAUCUUAUAUAUCUUAGCUGUGAUGGUGGCUGCCAGACUAACAUGUCGAGCGACGGAACUCCUUGGCUCCGGGCGAAAAACGGCCCCGACCGAGCGGCCCAGGACCGUGAUCUCCGCGCCGUUCCGCCCGAGCCAGCGAGCCGGGCGGCCGGUGAAGAAGCAGCCGCGGAAGGCGAAGGUGAAGGCAAAGAAGGUGAAGCCGAAGAAGGCGGCGAAGAAGGCGGAGCCGGCGCCACCAGUGGAGGUGGUGGAGCUGGACGACGAAGCUGAAACUGCGCUGGUGAUCCUAGAUUCAGAUGAGGAAGCCAAGCCCAGCAAGACCAGGGCCAAGAAAGCCCGGCCCGUGGACCAUGUGUCCCCUUCGGCCCGCUGUGGCUUGCGGCAAGCGGCGCGGCAGCGCGCCGAAGCGCGGGCGCACUUCGCGGCCGAGGAGGUGGGCGGUGCCUACGUGCGGCUGACCUUCCGGUCUCCCACAGACGAUCGUCUCGACGCACGAACCUCGACGUUGAAUGCCUGCGAGCUGGAGACCGCCUUUGGACGCUUUGGUGUGCGGUUCGUAGCUUCACUGAGCACCGGGGAGGCGGUGCUGGCGACGGAGAGUGCGAAGGAGGCCGUGGCGUGCGCCUUGAGCUUCCACGGGUGGCCCGGGCGCAGUCCGAAGGGCGUGGAACUCCAGGUCCUCAAGCAAAUAAGCUUAGCUGUGGCGCCUGUGGACUGCACUGGGCGCGCCACCUCCCCGAAGACCUGGGUUGUCUCUCGAAGCUUGGUGGCCACCAGCGAUGGCAGCUCCUCGAAGCUCGUUUGAGCCACCGCCACGACCACUUCUUGGCCAAUUCUCCAGGAAGCGCAAGAGCACCGAACCACCACAGCCGCUUCCUGGGUGCGCCCACCCGGGGCGCUCGCGGUUGUCGGGGUGUGCCGGGCGUCCGCCUCGGUGUGUUCACGAGGAUGACAAGCUGCAUGGUGCCGUGUGGAGAUUCAGUUCGGCACCGGUUGGACUAGAUAUUCAAGGUUUGGAUCGACAGGCUUUGAAAAGCAAGAAAUCGUCAAGCUGCAGAAUGAUAAUGUCCUUAUAUGUCCUUAUGUGGGUGCCAAUUGCAAUGCGGUUUUGGUCAUCGAGGAGGGCGAAAUGUCGGUGCAUCAGUGGACGACAUGGAGCAGCUGCGAAUUCGACAUGCAUUCAACCAUGAGCCAAGUCAUUUUUGCAGCUGAGAAUGGACAUCUUUUGCUUGUUGCUGUGCUUGUUGCUGGAAGCUGGAAGCAAACGCUGACGACGUGGAUCGCAACUGCUUUGACCAAUGGAGCUUUUUGGGCUUUGCAUAUGGCAGCUCAGCUAGAUCUGACGAGAAGUUCGACAUAGCGAAGCUCUUCCAAGUGACCUUUCAUCUCCUGGUUUGAGGCCACUCAACUCUCCAAAGGGCCACAUACCUGCAAAUUCGGUAUACCUGAGACAGGCAGAUUGAGAGGAAUGUCACAAAGACACUCUCCGGAAGACCCCCGAACAUCCUGACCGCAACUUGUGGGUUUCACCAGCUCUGGAAGUGGAUGGCAUUGGCCCGAAAAACAAACGACCAUGUUUUCUCUACAAACAGCUGGUGCUCCGCUGGUCUUCACCCAGCCACUUACUUCAAGUAUCUUCAAGUUACUUCAGACUUCAGCAUGGUCCAGCAACGUCCAGCAUGGUCCAGCAUCUACCUGUGCCCACGUAGCUCUCAAAAUGGAAGACCAACCUCCUGUCACUCUCGGGCAGAUGUGCUUUGACACACAUUUGGGGUGCCCUUCGCGUCAGCAGCAGCAGAUGGAAGCCCGAAAAGCCAUGGGAUGGACUGCCCCCCUCGCGUCAAAGCCGCUUGCAACGAGUCUUUGAAGUCACGUGACCGUGUAGUUGCCGGUCACGUGACCCGCGACCCCUCGUUUCCACGCAUUGUUGAGAAGAAACCCUUGUGGUGCCCUUUCAAUGUCCAGAAGGAGCGGGCGUUUUUGGAGCGGGUCAUGGCAAGGGCAGAACCCGAUGGGCUGGAGCCACCGAAGUAGGCCGCUAGGGCCCUGCAAACGUGAGGUUUGGAAAAUGCUUUCCCCAAACUUUGUGGAAGAAUGUAGCCGAUAUGGCAGCUGGAAAGACGAGCCAGCAGAGCCAGAGUCAACCUUGAACAACCUUGGACACAUUUGGAAGCUGCAUGAAGUCAAGCUAAGGCAGACAACGCUGUGGAAGGUUAGUGCCAGAAAAGCUGGUUUAGUAAUGAAGCAGGUACUGACAACAAAGCCGUGGGAGAUUAAAGGUCAGGAAUCAUUGCCUUUGGUGCAUGGAUUGGUCUGC